CGUGGUUGUUUUGCAAAAAAGCCCCUUGAUUUACAGGAAAUCAACCCGCAGUCCCUGUUUUAGUGGCACCCAGAAAAAACGUUUCACUUUUACAAACAAAACCCUAUAGGCAUUUCAAUUCAGUCCACAGUCCUUUCCUUCCUCUUAUCCACUCUGCGCCGGCGGCUACGCCCAUUCCGUUGUGCGCCGGCGGCCGCCGUGCCUCGCACCGGAGGAUGGAGUGCGCUCGCCGGGAGGAUGGACGGCGCGGAGAGGCGCGCUCGCGCCUGAGCUCCUGUGCCCGCGCCUCGCGCCUCCUUGCACCGCUCCGGCGGCCUCACUCGCCACACGCCGUCGCCGGCGACCAUAAGCAGCGACCGUCACACCUCUCCGCGCGCCACCCCGAAGCCCCAGCCACGCCGCGCCGCCGUCCCCCGCAACCCCGGCCUCCUCCUCGACCUCGCCUCUCUGUGCAAACAAACGACGUCGCCGGCGGCGGCCUCGGCCACCAUGCUUGAGCUGACGGGCGCCGACCGCACAGGGCUCAUCUCCGAGGUGUUCGACGUGCUAGACGACAUGAGCUGCAGCGUCGUCGAUGCCAGGGCGUGGUCGCAUCGCGGCCGCCUCGCCUGCCUCGUCUACCUGUGGGACGAGGAUGUUGCCGCAGCCGGUGUGGAGCACAUCGAGGCCCGCCUCGCCCCCCUCCUCCGCGGAGACUCGGAAGCCAGCAGCGGCACCGUGGCUGCCGUCCCCGCCGGCUCCAUCCCGCACGCCGACCGGCGCCUCCACCAUCUCAUGUAUGCCAGCGGCGACCAGGAGCACGCGUUCCCAACUCCCUCGGUGCGUGCUCAUGGAUCUCGAACCCGACACCAUGGGCUCCGUGCACACGGGGCCCUGCGGCCAGAUCUUCCGCCCCGACAACUUUGUCUUCGGCCAGUCCGGCGCCGGCAACAACUGGGCCAAGGGCCACUACACCGAGGGCGGGGAGCUCAUUGACUCCGUCCUCGACGUCGUCCGCGAGGAGGCCGAGAACUGCGCUGCCUCCAAGGUGUGCCACUCCCUCGGUGGGGGCACCGGUUCCAAGAUCAGGGAGGAGUACCCAGGCCGGAUGAUGCUCACCUUCUCCGUGUUCCCAUCUCCAAAGGUCUCUGACACGGUGGUCGAGCCCUACAACGUCACUCUCUCGGUUCACCAGCUGGUGGAGAACACCGACGAGUGCAUGGUGCUGGACAACAAGGCGCUCUACGACAUUUGCUUCCGCACCCUCAAGCUGACCACACCUAGCUGGAAUUUCAAGGGUGAGGAAGCUGGGUGAACUGUUUUCUGCUGACAGUAGGUGGUGGAAUGAGGACACUCUCCAAGAGAACUUCUUAACACCAGACAUCUGGGUGAUAAAGAAGACCCCUCUUGGAAAAUUGGACCAGGAUAUGUGGGUGUGAUCCAGAAUUUUAUGCCUGUCAGGGCUAACUUGCACCUCCAUCCCUACGCCCCUUUGAUUACAUUUGCAAUUCAAUAUGCAAAUAAGCUGGAUGCUUGGAUGCCCGUGGUGAGUGAAGUAUGGCUUUAGUCUGUCCGUUAAGCUGACUAACUGUUUCAAAAUCUUGAACUAAUGUUUUUUGUGACACCUGAACUGAAGUUGGUCAUGCUAACAAAACCUUCAACUUAUUAGAACAGAAAUUGUAACAACAGUUUAGCUUAUUGUUCUGUGAAGUAACUACUGUUGUACCAGAAAAUUUUGUGCACGUGCAUUCAAUUACAGGUUAUCCGAGCCUGCUUGCACUUGCAACUGAUCAAUGCCGAUCCAGUUGUUCUCAGGAUAGAUAAAAAUCAGUUCUUGUUCAUUAUAGAGGGCAUCCAACAUAAAUAAGAUUUUUAAAUCUGAAAAAACAUUUUUAUUGUACAAUUCAGUCUGAAAGAUAAGAGCAAACUUAUCUGCCACUAUAGAGGGAAUCAAACAUAAAAUAGGUGACAUGCAGAUAUUGACAUACGAUUACAUUUUUAUGGCAUUACUAAUCCAGUUAUGGUUCCAUUGUUGUCGCACACCGAACGUUCAAUGAAUUUCUUGAAGAAAAUGUAUGGAGUCUUUUGUUGUGUGCUUCAACCAGGUAAAAUCCUAUUGGUUAUUCUAAUCAUACAAUCUUCCGAGCCAAUUUUGUGAGCUUAGUACAGUAGGAUUCUUAUUUUUGUAAUUCCCAGUAGAUAUAUUGGAGCUGCCCCUUCCUCUUCUACUGUGCUAUCUCUACUUCUUUCCCUUCUACUUGAUAGUCAAAAAUUUAGUACAUCUCCAUGCUCAUGGUUCUUCAACAUAUAUAGUCUACUAUGUAAUUCUCUGUACAACCCAUUUAACUCUGCAACAGCCACUAAAAUAUAUCUGUAAGCUUGCAUAGGAAUAAUUCAUUUUUUUAUUGUUGUUUGGUUAUUGUGGUUCACAGCCAAUUUCUUUAGGCUUUAAGCAUAUGGUAGGAUUACACUAACAAUCCAAGUAAAUAGUAUUUGGUCCUUUUGAUUAUGUUUCAUGGCAAUAAAUAUGUUUCCUUGUGGUGCAAUUUGUUUCCUGCAAUUGGUAACUCAACUUUU